GGCGGCGGCCGCAACUUGGCGGGCCAGAUGCCCCAGGGCGCGGCGGCGCUGCUGCUGCCUGCCUGCCGCGGCCGCCCCUGCGGGCCCGGGGCGCGUCUCCUUGGGCGGCGCUGGCCGCGGCGCGGCGCGUGCAGCGAGCGAGUGAAGGUAUGUGUGGCGGGCGCGGCUGCAGCCGGCGCCAGCGCGCGGGCAGGUCCUAAUGCCUGUCACUUCCCAGGACGUUGGCAGCGGCAGCCCGGAGCCCCCGAGCCCUGGGCAGGUUCGCCUGUCCUUCCCGGCCAUCUGAUUGGAUAGAGUGGGGGCUCGACGGUGGCCGGCGUGGGACAGUCUGGCUGUGGCAGGGGUCUCGGAAACCAUGGGUUAUUGCAGUGGCAGGUGCACGCUUAUCUUUAUCUGUGGCAUGCAACUGGUUUGUGUGCUGGAGAGGCAAAUAUUUGAUUUCCUUGGAUAUCAGUGGGCACCUAUCCUGGCAAAUUUUGUACAUAUUAUCAUCGUCAUCCUUGGUUUGUUUGGGACUAUUCAGUAUAGACCUCGUUACAUUACGGGAUAUGCUGUCUGGCUAGUCCUCUGGGUGACGUGGAAUGUGUUUGUUAUCUGCUUCUAUUUGGAGGCGGGGGAUCUCUCAAAGGAAACAGACCUUAUCCUGACAUUUAAUAUUUCAAUGCACCGAUCUUGGUGGAUGGAGAAUGGACCAGGAUGUAUGGUGACAUCUGUGACACCCGCCCCAGACUGGGCCCCAGAAGACCAUCGAUACAUCACUGUCUCAGGGUGUUUUCUGGAUUACCAAUACAUAGAAGUGGCUCAUAGUUCCCUCCAGAUCAUCCUCGCACUGGCGGGCUUCAUCUACGCCUGUUACGUUGUGAAAUGCAUAACUGAAGAAGAAGACAGCUUUGACUUCAUAGGUGGCUUUGAUUCUUAUGGAUAUCAAGGGCCUCAGAAGACAUCUCACUUACAACUACAACCAAUGUACAUGUCAAAAUAACACAGAUGACUUCUGUCUGUCAGUCCAUGGACUUCUCAAAUGACUUGUGCAGUGGUCUCCUGCCUUUUAUGAAGAGAAAGAAGCAAAUGAGUUUAAACACACACACAUACACACACACACACACAC